GGAGCCUGCGGCCGGCUGCCCCCGCCCGGGAAGAUGGUGUGCGGCGGCGGUUUCGCUUGCUCCCGCAACGCGCUCUGCGCCCUCAACGUGGUCUACGUGCUGGUUGGGUUGCUGCUGAUCGGCGUGGCUGCCUGGGGGAAAAGCUUUGGCAUUGUCUCCAGCAUCCACAUCAUCGGCGGAGUCAUCGCCGUGGGCUUCUUCCUGCUGCUCAUUGCCAUCGUGGGACUCAUCGGGGCUAUCAACCACCACCAAGUCAUGCUCUUCUUCUACAUGGUCAUUUUGGGGCUCGUCUUUCUCUUCCAGUUGGGAGUCUCCUGUUCGUGUCUGGCCCUUAACACAAGCAGAGAGGAGAGUCUCUUCCGCGCCACCUGGGACAUCCUGAGCAACAAGACCCGCAACGAGAUCGAGGUGAAUCUGAACUGCUGCGGGCUGCUAAACAACACCAAUGACCCAGUCGCCAUCAGGACGUUCCAGAUGGACUACAACCUCUGCACAGCUAUGUGUAAGGACAACACGACCAAGGGCCACGUGCCCAGCUGUCCCAAGUGCGGGGAGAAGAUGCUGAAGCAUUCGGACGAGGCCCUGAAAAUCCUCGGGGGAGUCGGACUUUUCUUCAGCUUCACGGAGAUCCUCGGAGUCUUGCUAGCCAUGCGCUACAGAAACCAGAAAGACCCUAGAGCAAAUCCCAGUGCCUUCUUAUAG